CCUGUCGUUGCCUCAGUAUCUUCAGUCGGCAGCUUAACGUCCUCUCCUCCGUUGGAAGAGAACUCUGAUCGUCUCAUGUGUGCAGCAGGCAGACCGACGAGUGGAAAUGGUCGCUCUCUCCAAGCUAGCCUUGGUGUCUGCAGUGGCGCUGCUGGUCUGCUGGGCGUACCAGGCCACCCAGCCGCCGGCCCCGGCGAUCCUGGGCGCCCCAGGAGGGCCGCCGAUCAUCUCGCCUAGAAUCCGGCUCAAAGACGGCCGGCACCUGGCCUACAGGGAGGAAGGAGUGCGCAGGGAAACCGCCAGGUUCAGGGUCAUCUUCUUCCAUGGCUUCUCCUCCACCAAGGAGAGCGGCUUCCCCGUGUCCCAGGAGCUUGUGGAGGAGCUCGGCAUAUACAUGCUCUUCUUCGACAGAGCCGGGUACGGCGACAGCGACGCCAACCCGAAGCGCAGCCUCAAGAGCGACGCCACGGACGUCGAGGAGCUCGCCGACGCGCUGCAGCUCGGGGACAAGUUCUACGUGGUAGGGUGCUCCAUGGGCGGCUACCCAGCGUGGAGCUGCCUCAACUACAUUCCGCACAGGCUGGCCGGAGUGGCUCUGGCGGCGCCGGCGGUGAACUACUGGUGGCCGCUGCUGCCUGCCAACGUGUCGAGGACCGCGUACGCGAAGCUCGACGUCCGGGACCGUAGGACCUUCUGGAUCGCGCACCACGCGCCGUCGCUGCUCCACGCCUGGCUCGCGCAGAAGUGGUUCCGGGUGUCGCCCAUCGUCAGGGGCGAGCGCGACGCGUUCACCGGCAUGGACUGGGAGAUCCUCACCGAGCUCUGGAGGAAGCAGCGCGAGAGCGGCCAGGUGGAUCCGGCCAAAGCAACGCAGCAGGGGAUUUACGAGUCACUGUGCCGCGACGCGACGAUCCUGUUCAGCACAUGGGAGUUCGAUCCCACGGAGAUCAAGAACCCGUUCCCCGGCGGGGAGGGCGUCGUCAGCAUCUGGCAGGGGUACGAGGACAAGAUCGUCCAGGUGGAGAUCCAGCGGUACGUGGCGCAGAAGCUGCCGUGGGUGCGGUACCACGAGCACCCCGAGGCCGGGCACGCGCUCCCGGACAUGGACGGGGUCGGGGACAAGAUCAUCAGGGAGCUCUUGCUCGGUGACGACGAGGCGCCGCGAGGCUUGCAGUUGCAGAACGACCUGCACCAGGAUGGCUGAGCUGAACGUUGGGAGAGGUUUGGUGAAGAAAUUAAACGAGUAGACAUUCGCAUAUAACUGGAGAAUAAACGGUGUUGGCCCAAAUCAGUGCGAUGGUCGCUUGACGAGAGUUUAAGAUGUUAGGCGUGCCGUUACGGUGAUUCAGAUUAGGCUGUGGCAGACAUAUAGAUUCAGAUUCAGAAUGUGAUUUGAACAAUGGCAUAUUAUUCAUCAGAGAAAGCUGUCAAAGUUUGGUGUGGC